AUGGAUUGUAGAGAUUGUCAUAGCCCUGAUUAUGAUGUUCCUACUCUACAGGACUCCUCUAGCCUUUUAUGUUGUGAUGAAAUAGUUGUAGUUGAUCCUGAUUCUGAUGACAUUAUUGUUGCAGAUAUUGUUGAUGAUGAUGCAAGGACCCAAGAAUCACUACCUGUGGUUGUACAUUCACCUGAGCCUAAACUAGAGCCUGAACCACUACUUGAUGAUGAGGAGGUCAUAGUCACCAUUCCAGAACCUCCAGGUACCUUUCAACAUGAUAAGGGACUGUUCUUUCAACCUGCUGGAGGAAUAAAAGGAUCACAAUUUAACUUUAAUGUGGGACAUGUUGCCAAUUUCUGCAAAGUUUAUUAUCCUAGAAGACCAUCAUCUUAUGUGGCCAAGAGAUCUAGAAAUGAUGGAAGAGUGCUUAAUGAAAUUUGCCGGGAUGAAAAGAUUCUUGUGGCCAAUAGAGGAGAAAUUUCAGUCAGAGUGAUCCGAACAGCACAUGAAAUGGGUAUACCUUGUGUAGCUGUUCACUCUACUAUUGAUCGGGAUGCUCUACAUGUGCGGCUUGCAGAUGAUGCAGUCUGCAUUGGUGAAGCUCCCAGCAGUCAAUCGUAUUUGCACAUUCAAAAUGUUUUAUCUGCUGCUGUUAGUCGUGGGUGUACGAUGUUGCAUCCUGGUUAUGGUUUGUUAGCUGAGAAUGCUCGUUUUGUUGAUAUGUGCAGAGGGCAUGGAGUCAAUUUUAUUGGACCCAAUCCAGACAGCAUUCGUGUAAUGGGUGACAAAUCUACAGCUAGAGAAACAAUGAAGAAAGCUGGUGUUCCUACUGUACCAGGAAGUGAUGGACUUUUGCAGUCAACGGAGGAGGCUGUGAAGCUUGCCCAUGAAAUUGGUUUUCCUGUCAUGAUCAAGGCAACUGCUGGUGGUGGAGGACGUGGAAUGAGAUUAGCUAAAGAACCUGAUGAGUUUGUGAAGUUGCUACAGCAAGCUAAGAGUGAGGCAGCAGCUGCAUUUGGAAAUGAUGGAGUUUAUUUGGAGAAAUAUAUCCAAAAUCCAAGGCACAUUGAAUUUCAGGUUCUAGCUGACAAAUAUGGUAAUGUUGUCCAUUUCGGGGAGCGUCAUUGUAGCAUUCAGGCAAAAGCCUGGAAGAAUGUAAUGGUUGUUAUGUUAGAGCUCUUUGACUUGCACUAA